AUGACUACUCACCCAUCGUUAAAAAACACCCGAGUUACGAGAACACAAUCUUGCCUCGUAAAUCGGACUACUAAACGCCAGCGACUUGGAAUUCGGAAAACAUCACUUCUUUUUGGAACAUGUAAUCAUUACAGUAAAAAUAUGGGCAUCAUCUGGGGCAGUGGUGCUUCUUCAGUGAAUGCUGGGACAGUACUUGACCGAGUGAUCUCUCAAGCAUCAAAUAAGGAUGAAUGCCUUCUUUACAAAUUGGCCAACUACAAGAAAGGAGGAGAGCUGAUAGAUGCCUAUAAUGCAGGAGGCCAAAGUGAGGUUGAGAAACUGAUAAGGGAACAGUUCGGCCAAUUGAUGUAUAAUGAAGGAAAGGGUGCUCUCAUCAACAGAGCUGAAUAUCUGCGAUGGAAAUUUAGGGACAUGCAACAGGUUAGUGAGUUUUACUACUGUCUAAAUUAA